AUGGAAUUCUCGGAGCUGAUCAAGACAGCGACGGUGGAGAACGUGGUGCUGUCGUGCCCGGGGAUGCCCGCGGUGAAGGGCACACUGUGCAUCACCAGCCACCACCUGCUGCUCUCCUCCUGCCCCGGUGGGGACACCCAGCCUGGCUCCCUGGAGCUCUGGCUGCUCAUCCGUAACGUGGACGCCGUGGAGAAAAGGCUCACCAGCUCCUCUGGCACCAUCACACUCCGGUGCAAAGACCUGAGGGUGCUGCAGCUGGAGAUUCCAGGCAUGGAGGAGUGUCUGAACAUUGCCAGCUCCAUCGAGGCUCUCUCCUCGGUGGACUCCGUGAUGAUGAUGUACCCAUUCUUCUACAGACCCCCGAGCCCGAGGCUCGAGGAAGGAUGGCACCUCUUCCCCCUCGAGCAGUACUUCCAGCAGAUCUCCUCGCAGACGAGCCAGUGGAGGCUGAGCAACGUGACCCAAGACUUCCCCACGUGCCCCACGUACCCCCCCGCCGUGAUGGUGCCGGCGGCGGUGGACGACGAGGUGCUGAGGAAAUCCGCUCGGUUCCGCCAGGGUGGGAGAUUCCCUGUGCUCAGCUACUACCACCCCAGAAACGGCACUGUGAUGCUCCGCUGCGCUCAGCCGCUCACGGGCCCCAACCGCAGGCGAUGCCGUGAGGAUGAGACGCUGCUGGGGACGGUCCUGGAUGAAGGGGAACAAGGUUUCAUCAUCGACACACGCUCAGCCCAGGCAGCAAAGCAGGCUCGGAUGACAGGAGGAGGCACAGAGCCUAAAUCCUCCUACCCCCAGUGGAGGAGGUUGCACCGCCCCAUGGAGAGAGGUCGCCCACUGCAGGAGAGCUUCAUCAAGCUGGUGGAAGCCUGCAAUGACUCCUCCAUCAGCAUGGAUCGCUGGCUGAGCCGCCUGGAGAGCUGUCGCUGGCUCAGCCACGUCAAGGCAGCUCUGAGCACAGCCUGCCUGGCUGCUCAGUGCAUGGACAGGGAGGAGGCCAAUGUGCUGGUGCACGGGGCAGAGGGGACAGACACGACUCUGCUGGUGACAGCACUGGCCCAGGUGAUCCUGGACCCUUCCUGCCGUACCCUGGCAGGAUUCCAGGGGCUGCUGGAGCGGGAGUGGAUCAAGGCUGGACACCCCUUCCACCUCCGCUGUGCCCGCUCUGCCUACUCCCACGCCAGGCUCAAGCAGGAGGCUCCACUUUUCCUCCUCUUCCUCGACUGUGUGUGGCAGCUGAGCCGCCAGUUCCCCUUUUCCCUGGAGUUUGGGGAGCAGCUCCUGCUCACCCUCUUCGACAACACCUACGCCUCAGCCUACGGCACCUUCCUCUGCAACAACGAGAAGGAGAGGAGCCUGUGUAAGGUGAAGGAGAGCACACACUCGCUCUGGGCAUGGCUGAACCAGCCUGAGGAGAAGAAGAAGUACCUGAACCCUCUCUACUCACACAAUCCCCUGGUGAUCUGGCCCUCUGUGGAGCCUCAGAGCAUCCAGCUCUGGCAGGGUUUGUUCCUCCGUUGGAUCCGUUCGCCCCAGCACCUGGAUGAGGCCUGGGCAGAGAUCCAGCGGUUGGUUGAGGAAAACAACCCUCCUGUCAAGGAGAGCACGGGGAACAGGCUGAGCCAGUCCCUCCCUGACCCUGCUGCCAGCACAGAGAACCAAAGAUGA